CCCCCCCCCCCGCCGAUGCUGGCACGCUUCCUUCGCACCCUAACGGUUCCGAAAGCAUUCCACUGCCAUCAUCCAUCAUCCAUCCUCGCAGAGCUGUCGCCGAGCGCCGCGGAACCGGUGACAAUUGGGUCUGACUUCCCCGCUGACAUCGUCCAAGCGAUCCGCAAGCCCGCAUACAUGCCUGGUGGAUGGGCGCUGCCAAUCGCCACUUGGACCCGUCGUUGUGUCCUUACGCAUCCAUUGCCUUCUCCGUCCUUCAAGUCUCCAAACUCCCAUCUCCAUCCAACUCCGGUCCAAUGGUGCGAGAGUGCAUUAACCACCCUACACGGCCACGGUCACAGUCACAAGGAGUCUUGGCAGCGCCGACUGCUUCUGCACCGGCAUGACUCCAGUAACAAGCAUCGCUUGCCAACUCAGAUAUCUGGAUCCUGACACCAAUAGCUGCACGUUCCAAUCCCGCUUACAUUCCUUCGCUGCGCUGUUCCCGCAUCGGCACGAGCACGUGCUGCAGCUGCCUGCUGCGCAACAGUUGAGGGCCUCAAUAUGUAUAUACAGGGUUAAAUAAAAUUCAAAAAUUCAAAAAGGGGGAGAGAGAGAGAGAGAGAGAGAGAGAGAGAGAGAGAGAGAGGGAGAGAAAAUACUCCAAUGGCGGAGGCUUGCUUAGAAAGUUGCCAAG